AUGGCGGCGACCGGGGAGCCGGAGCGGUCCCCGGAGGACCCCGCGGCCACGUCGGCCUGCCGUUUCUUCCUGGAGGGCCGCUGCCGCUUCGGCGCACGCUGCCGCCAGCCGCACCCGGGAGCGCCGGCGCCCGCGCGGCCCAGCGGCGCCGUCGCCGCCGAGGCCGAGGCCAAGAAACCGCCGCUGCGUACUGCCGCCGCCGUCAUCCAGCGCAUCCGCUGGGACCCGCGCCUCGACCCGGCCGACUUCUCGGUGGGCUACGCCGACCGCUUCCUGGGCGUGCGCGAGGAGCCCUUCUCGGCCUUCUGCUGGGACGCGCCGCUGGCGGCGCUCGGGCCCGGAGUCCUGGCCAUCCCGCAGCACCGCGUGCGCUACUUCCGCUUCCGCGGCCGCCUGGUCUGGGACCGCGCCUCGCGCACCGACCGCGUCUUCGGCUCGGGCCAGGCCGCAGGCCGCGGGCCCACCAUCCUGGAGGCGCUGGGCGGGGCCGAGGUUGAUGGCGACGCGCUGGGCGGGGAGGAGCCGGAGUCCCUGGAUGCAGAGAGGCCACAGGCGGGCUUGGCAGAGCCCGGGGCCCGGGGCGUCAGAGGCCCCGCGGACAGCAGCUUGGCGCUGGCAGAGUUAAGCCUGGAGGAGGCACCUGCCAGGACCCCAGCGCGAGGGGAAGCCGAGAAGACGGAGCCGGGCGGAGGCGGCCACCAGGACUCCCAGUGCAGAGCGGCCGAGGCCCCGGCGCCAACCGCCGCGGAGCCGGAGUCGGGGAGAAACACGCCGGCCGCGGCAUGGCCGCCGACGGCAGCAGGCGGGACCGGGGCGCUGAAGGACGGCGAGGCGCGGGCCCUGGCAGCCCCAGAGCCGUCUCAGGGAGCAAACCGCCUCCCAGGGAAGCAGGCGAGACCCGUCAGGGAAACGGAGGCAGAGUGGGGGCCGGGCGCAUGGUGCACAGACGAGUCGGGCGUCCCGGCCCGGACCAAGGGCCCUCGCCAGCCCCGCCCCACGCAUUUCGUGGCCCUCAGGGCGACAGAACCCGGGCUGCUGGCAGCGGUCGCACAGGCCCAGGCACACCUGGUGGAAGCUGCCCCGUCCUGGGCGGCGUUCGCGGUGCCUCGGCCGGCCCUGCACCUGACGCUGGCCUUGCUGCGCCUGGCAGGCCCCGGGGAGGAGGCGGCAGCCGGCCGGGCUCUGAGCCAGGCCCUCUCCCAGCCAGGACUGGGAGCACCAGCGGAGCUCAAGUUCAAGGGCCUUGUGCUGCUCGGCCGCCACGUGCUCUGCGCCCUCCCCUCCCCAACGCUGGAGAGGACGGCCCGGAGGCUGAGCCGGAGGCUGGAGGCCGCGGGGCUGCGAGUGCUCCAGCCCCCCGAGGGGCUGCGCCCCCACCUCACGCUGGCCAAGGUGCCCCACGGCUGCCCAGUCCAACUGCCCGAGUCAGGGUUCAGCCUGAGGCGAGAGCUGGGGAGCCAGCCAGUGGGGGCACUCUGGCUGUGCCGUGUGGGGAGGGCCGGAGAUAGCUAUCAGGCCCUGGCAGAGGUCCCCCUGAGGUGA